AUGGCCUGUAGGGAUGUCUCUUACCCCAUUUCAUUGUCCCUGGAGAAUGUCCAAACCCUGAUCUUGUUGGAGCUCAAGAGCCUCCGAAAUUGCCUCGGGGCGGCGCUCAAAAAGUCUCGUGUUCAGUUGAGCGACAGCCAGUACGGCGCUCUUAUCUCCUGGGCCUACAACCGGCGGUAUAACGUCUUAGUUAAACGCCUGAACACCGGCGAGAGCUCCAGCAAGGUUGCUGAGGAGGAGUUGGUCUAA